GAUCCGCAUCUGGACCUCUCCAUCUCUUUCUUCUCCCAUGGCCGAGUCUGCAUUUCGGCUGUGGAAGGACCUCCAUGGAGAUCUCCUCACCGAGAUCGCCCGCCGCUUACCAUGCCCCGUCGACCGCCGCAACAUGUUGAUGGUGUGCCACGAUUGGUGGCUCGGUGUCCGACAACCCCAGCUCCCGCGUCAACUCCCGUGGCUCCUCCUCCCGGAGACCACCACUUCUCCUGUCCCAUCGCCGUGCAGAAUGCGGAGGGUAUCCUUUUAUUGUGUCAUCAGCAACGGAGAAACCCACAACCUCCGCAUCGGGGAAGACACUGGAAAUUCCCGCUUCUUCGGCUGUUAUGAUGGUGGUUGGCUCAUGCUCGCCCGUGGCCAGACCAACGGCCACAUGCUCCUCAACCUCCAUAAGGACCAGCGCUUAUUCCUCCCCAACCACGUCUAUUGUGUGGCAUCCGUGGCCAUGGGAGGGGGUGUACGGGCAGCCAUGUCCAUAUCCAUCUUGGCCGCUACGUUCUCUUCCCCACCGGAGCGGGACACGCCGUGCUUCGGCGCUGCCAUCAUCGACUCGCCAUGUUCGACCCGUUGCCCUCAACUUGCCUUCUGGAGCAUGGAGGUGGCCAAUGUUCGUCCUCCGGCGGCCAUGGGGUUCAUGGAGACAUUAUGUGGAUCGUCGUCCCGACUCGAGGAUGUCAUACAUCACAAAGGAGCUUUCCAUUUCCUCAGCAAUUUGGAGCAUGUCGUCGUGUACGACAUAUCCAAGCUCAAAGAAAAUGAAAGAGGUACGGGUGCGUGUUUGGGGAUAAAUGCACACCACUAUGAGUACUUGGUGCAGGGAGGACCUCGCAGCUCCAGAUCUAUCAGGGGUCGCUACCUCGUGGAGUCCGAUGGGGAACUGCUGAUGGUCGUGAGAUUUGUGGGAGAUCAUCCUAGAUGGUCCCCGCACACAGGGGGGUUCCAGGUGUACCAGGCGACGCAGAGCCUCACCGGCGCCGGCCUGGUUCAGCACGCCUGGACCGAGCUGCAUUCGCUCGAUGGAAGGAUGAUGUUCGUUGGGCGGGGAUGCUCCAGGUCCUACAACGUGGCUGAUUUCCCCGGCUCUAGCUUUGGAGAGGGCAUCUACUUCUUUGAUGACAGGAACUCCAACGACAUAGCCAUGAUGUCCCUGUACGCGCAUGUGACACCCCGGCGGCGGUACACCACCAGUGACAACGGGAGGUGCCGGUGGGUGGAGGGGGAGCCGCGCGUCCAAGUCUUCCGACGCUGGUUCACGAGGAAGAAAUUUUCGGAUUACUCGAACCCGAUGUGGUUCCUCCCGUGAUGCCGUCAUAUGCAGGUUUCAGUAAUGUGUUGUUUCACUGCUGGAGCUUAAAGACUUGCUGUUCUCGGUUGCUGUAUAAUUCAUGUACUAUUUUCUGGCGCAUGGACUAUUAUCAGAUUUCCAGAUUUAGUUGGGAAUAGCCUGAAUGAAUAAUUAGUUGGUGCACACAUGAGCUAUUAGGUGAAGCGCGUCACAUCCUCGUUUUGUAUCACCGGAUAAAAAUAGCAAGUGUUGCUAUGUGUGUAUAGAGCAACAACUUUCCUA